GCUCUCGGCCCACCACCAUGCUAGACGAGGAGCCCCCCCUUCCGCCCCCUUCCCCGACAACCCCGCGUUCCGGGCCCUCGCGUCUCCGACGCACUCUACGUUCGCUUCGCUCGCCGUUCCGCUCUGGCUCGCCCUUCCACACUGGCUCGAUCAAGCGCACUGGUUCUACUAAGUCCUGUGCGUCAGACGGCGACACUACGAGCGACGAACGCACGAUGCGCAAACGGAAUAAAAAGCAUCGCGAUGCUACCAGCGACGCCUCUCAGAGCACCGAUAGCUCUCCUAAUAACGAUAAAAGGAAAAAAGACGGUGGAAGUUUUUUACGUAGGAUGAGUAGUAUAGGUAAAAGACGUGCAGAGUCGACACCACCUCUAUCACAAUUGAGGACAGUGGAGUCAACUAUAGAAACUCCGACUCCCCCAUCUGAAAAAGAAGAAAACUUCGAAAAGGAUGUGUCUCCUGAAAAAGAAACUCCGGCACCUACGCCAGAGUUUACAUUGGAAACAGCUUCACAAUUAACGCCGGAAUCCACACCAGAACGAACACCGGACGCUACACCAGAACCGGUCAGUCCAAUUGCAGUAGAACAUCCAGUUGCGACGCGACUAUUUACGAAAGCCGCUUGGAAAAGAAACAGUGAACCUGAGAUGGAAAGACCUGUAGAGGAACCGAGCCCCGAAAGUGCUUUGCGGCGACGUAUUGCGUUUGUGGCUCAAGCAUCUGCAUGUUUAUCAGAAGAUCACGAUGACGGAGAGAAGGGUGGGAGCGAGGUGGGGUCGCUGGAAGAGGCGGUGGCACUGGCCCGCGUUCGUCUCGCCGCGCCAGCGCCGCCCUCACCGUCACAUUCACGCGACAACGAUACCGAAGAGGAGGGGUGUACGGACGCGAUGCCGGCGUACGGAGACCUCAUCGAGCCGGACCACAAAGCCGGGAAUAAUGAAUCGCCGUCUCAAGCGUCCGCCAGCGCCGAAAGACGAGAGCACCUCUACAAAAUUCUAGUGAUCGGAGAACUCGGUACCGGGAAGACAUCUAUCAUCAAGAGAUACGUGCACCAGUUCUUCAGCCAGCACUACAGAGCCACUAUCGGAGUUGACUUCGCGCUCAAAGUACUAAACUGGGAUGAGCACACAGUAAUACGCCUGCAAUUAUGGGAUAUUGCAGGCCAAGAGCGUUUCGGCAACAUGACUCGCGUGUACUACAAGGAGGCUGUAGGCGCCUUCAUAGUUUUCGACGUGUCACGCGCGGCAACAUUCGACGCAGUCGUCAAGUGGAAGAACGAUUUGGACACUAAAGUACAGCUGCCCGAUGGUUCAUCUAUACCGUGUAUACUACUGGCCAAUAAGUGUGACCAGCAAAAGGAGGGCAUAGUGAACUCACCCACGAAGAUGGACGAGUAUUGCAAGGAGAAGGGAUUCGCUGGAUGGUUCGAGACCUCCGCGAAGGAAAACAUUAAUAUAGAAGAGGCGGCACGCUCAUUAGUUAAUAAGAUUCUUCUCAACGACAAAUUACUUCAAAGCAGCGAUAGUAAAGACUCUGAGAGGUUCGCGCUUGACCACAAGAUAGCAAACGGCGAAAACAGUCGCGGUGGUAAUACCAAAUCCUGCUCCUGCUGACCAAGGAAUGGUAUCUUGUAAGGUUGACUUUAUUUGAUGGUGUUGACGCAAUUCGGCAAUUUGUUAUUUUCCAACCGAAUAUAAAUAGGCUAUUAGCAAGAAAAAAUCCAUUUUAUAUUUAAUAAUGAUAUGUAAAUUUUAUACAUACAUACAUACAUAUCUGUCAUUAGGGUAGGCAGAAACAAUGGAACGCCAAUGCUUCGAUUCAAACAAACCUCUUUCGCUUCUUCCACAUUCAUCAAUCUUGUCAUACACGCUCGUCGGUUACGGGUACUUUUAAUUUGGCCCUUCUUCAGCACGUCGCCUAUUUGGUCGACAUACGUCCGUCUAGGACGGCCCCUACCGACAUCUCCAUUCAUUCUUGCUCGAUAAAUCUCUUUCGUAAUUCUUCUUUCAUCCAUCCUCUCCAAAUGACCAAACCAACGCAACAUUCCUUUUUCGAUUUUGGUCACUACAUCGACUUUCAGUCCACACUUCUCUCUAAUCACACUGUUUCUUACUCUAUCUUUUAAAGUAAUACCACACAUACUUCUCAAAGCUCUCAUCUGUACAGCAUUUAUCUUACUUUCAUGCUUCUUCUGCCAUACCCACGAUUCGCUUCCAUACAUGUGUUGGUGUCAUAUAAUUAUAUAUACAUUUUUACUUGACAUAAUCGAGAGCAGUGCACCGUGCAAAUUUUAUAUGUAUAUAAAUAUAUGUUCAGAAAAUGAUGCAGCAUUUAUCUAUAAGAAUGAGUAUAAUGUUUUCUGAGUUUGUGAUAGAUAGUCUAAAAAUGGCGUCCGUAUCCAAAAUGCGCGACUUUUUAAUAAAUUGAAUACAAGAUCAUUUUGAUUAAAUUUCUUUAGUAAUACCAAUAGCAAUAAUAUUUUUUUUCUAUUUUCAAAUCGUCAGACAUGGUAAAUAAUAAGUUAUUCCAUUUUUAAUUAUGCUUAGUCAUUAGGUAUGUGGCGCAUUCUAUUAAUUCCACAAAUUCAGAUGCUUUAAAAUACAGAUAAUGAUAUCUACGUAUAUUAGUUUAUUUUGUAAGGCUCGUUAGAUUAUAAAGGACUUUGAAAGACUUACUUUCUAAAUAUGUUUACUCUGCACUUCACAUAAAUAUAAAAUUGUGCAGUACUACCGGGAAAAUCUGAACUAUCUAUUGCUUUUCAUACCAUUUGUAACUACCAACAUACAGAUAUGAGCAUUGAAACAUGUUAAAGCGUACAUGACAUGUUAAAGGGUAAUAAAAAAAUAAGACUUAUUAUUUACAAAUUAUUGCUACAUUAUUAAAUUUUAAGGGACGACAUGGCGACACCGCCCUAUAUAUUGCCGAAACGAGAAAAUGAAUCAUGAAACCAUCUAAAAGCAUCAAUACAAUAAAUUAGUAUAGUGUUGUACAAAUGUGUCUCUGUUUAAAAUAUCGAUAUCGAUAGGCAUGACUGCUUUAAAAUUUAUUGUAUUGGUUUCAUAUAUUUCAUUCAAAUGUUUUUGUAUUCGAAGUAAUGCGAGCCUGCUUCUUAUUGUAAUUUUUUUAAAUUGUUUAUUAUUUUCAAUCAGUAAUCUCUAUUGUUAUAACUAAUCCAAAUGUAAUUUACAAAUAAUGAUUUAAUGCUUAGUUUUAUAAUUGAUGCAGGAAAUAUUAUAUUACUAUUCUAAUAUUUUUUUUUGUAUGAUUGUGUGUAUGAAAACCACGCCCGCCUUUUCAAUGAAAAUUAUUACAAUAUGAUAUUUAUAAUAAUAUUUCUAAAUAUAAUUUAAAUUAUGUAAGUACGUUCAGUGUUAAUACUUUCUUAUUUUUUAUUUUUUUUAAUAAUGUUUAUUAAUUAUCUCACCAUUAUUUAACAUCAUAAUAAAACCAAUAGCUUUUAAGUAAUAAAAACAAAAUCCAAUUAUGCGGAGACUUGAUGCCUGCACUAUAUUAUAGUUAUCAACUUAUAUAUUUUUUUUUUUUUAUUACAGACCAAUGAUUUUCUUUGUAGUCUAUGGUAAAUCUCAAACCAUAUUUUUUUUAUUUUUAAUAAUCUAGAAGUCUAAUAUUAUUUUUAUUGUUACUCAUAGUUUUCCUGGGAGUUGUCUAGUGCCAUUCACGGCUAAAGUCAUAAUAAUAAAUACGUAAUUAUAAUGAAUAGUGUAUGAUACAGUUGAAAUAAUUUAUAAUAAGUAUUAUAGAUCUACUUAUUGUACGAGUGUGAGAUGUUAUUUUAAUUUAAUAAAAAUACUUAUUUAGUGAGA